UCCUCUCCACUCCGCUCAUCUCUCCCCUCACAGCAAAGCCCGCGCGUGAUUUGACAGUCGCAUCUCUCCGUGUCCGCGAGCGUGCGCGUGUAUGUUUACGAUCGUCGUGCUCCACGUGCGGCGUGUUGAUGCGCUCCUCGCGCGCUGUCGGUAACAGAAACCAUGACCGGCGCGCCGCGCGACCCUUUCUACUCUUCUCCGUUCGGUCCGUUUUACCGAAGACACGCGCCCUACCCGGUGCAGCCAGAGUACCGGAUGCAUGAGCUCAACAAACGGCUCCAGUCCCGGCCCGAGGACUGUGAUAUUCUCUGGUGGGAUGCAUUCUGUACUGAGUUCUUUGAAGAGGAUGCCACAUUAACGCUCUCGUUUUGCCUGGAGGAGGGACCCAAAACGUACACCAUCGGCCGCACCCUCAUCCCUCGAUACUUUAGUUCUCUGUUCGAAGGAGGAGUCUAUGAGUUGUUUUUCGAGCUGAAACAAACAAAGGAGUCGUUCAACAACUCAACUAUUACUGUCGAUUCCCAUCACUGUACUAUGACCACACAACACGGAAAACCGACAUUCACGAAGGUGUGUACUGAAGGUCGUCUAAUUCUUGUGUUCACCUUUGAUGACCUCAUGAGAAUCAAAACAUGGCACUUUACCAUCACACAUUACAGUGAGCUCAUUCCUCGCAGUGUUUUGGCUGUAAACGCACAAGACCCUGGAGCUCUGGAACAACUGUCCAAAAACGUCAGUCGAGUGGGACUUACCAACCUCACACUGAACUACCUCAGAUUGUGUGUGAUCUUGGAGCCAAUGCAGGAGUUGAUGUCUAGGCAUAAGACAUACGGACUGAGUCCCAGAGACUGCCUGAAGACCUGCCUUUUUAAUCAGUGGCAGAGAAUGACAACACCACCAGUUUCAGUCGGACCCUCGCCCAACUUCAAGACAGAAAUAUUUCCCUCUAAUCCAAAAAAAGCAGAACCAGCCAAACCAGCAGCAAAGAGACGGAGAAGGAGGAACUCAGCUGGGAGCGCAUCUAAUAGCAGCACAGGAAACAGCAAAAAGCGCAGCCCAGCCAAUAACUUCAGCCUGCCCUCACAGGAUGUGAUGAUGGUAGGGGAGCCCUCUCUAAUGGGAGGGGAGUUGGGUGACGUGGAUGAGCGUUUGAUUACACGCCUAGAGAAUGAACAAUAUGACCCUGUCAACGGUCUCCAUGAUGACGGUCUCCAUGACUACACCAACUCACCGACACUUGGAAAUGGGAGCUCCUAGAAUGGCCAGCACCCUGGCAACCAGGACAGUAAGCCUGAUACCAUGGCAACGCAGCAGUUGGAGUAAUGUGAUCUGACAGUGGGUAGCUAUGGCAACAGUGCUGUCAAGGGAUAGGGGUAUUUUGAACUGUUGAGGAGAAAUUGCAGGAGAUAAGGUGUGUGUAUGAGUUUGUGCGUGUGUGUGUGUGUGCGUGUGUGCACGAUUGUGUGCAUGCUUGCAUUUAUGUUGGCGUGUCACAUGGUAUUCCAUACUUCAAACCUACAGCGUUAAUCGUUUGUAUUUUCCCAAAAAGGACAGCUAAUUGUUUUGGUGAUCGGUUGGGUAAAGACCAAGUGAAAGCCUUGUAAAUAUACAGAUCUAUCAGUUCAUUUCAGAAUUUUGAUGUCUCAGCUUCAUUCUGUACCGUAUUGUUUGGUUUAUCUGCAACAAGUUAAUGAAAAAAAUUCCCUUAGGGAACGCUAUAGCGUUUUAAUCAUAAACUCAAAUAUCUUUAUUGCCCUAAAGUUUAAUGCAUAUUGUAAAACACAUGCAGGUUUGUGCUGUUAAUUGUGUAUUUUAUGUAUGGUUUUCAAUCAUUUGCAUUAAUAAAAUGUGUUUGGUUAUGA